AUGCCGAUUGCUCGACCAUCUCAUAUUACCACAUCAACAACUGAAGAGACUCAUGAUCAAGAUAAAACAUUCUAUCGUUUAUUUAUACAAUUUCUUGCUUCGAAUCUUGGUUUGACUAUUUUCGUUGUUGCUUAUAGUAUUGGUGGUACAUUUCUUUUUAUUUUACUCGAACAGUAUAUUGAAUUACAAAAUUUAGAUGAAGAUAUUUCAAUCGCAAAUCUAUCUGAAACAAUGUAUAAUUAUGUUGUUGUAUCAACUGAUAAUACAACAAUAAUCUAUGAACAAAUAGUUGAUUAUUUGAAUAAUUUUACAAAUGAUAUUUAUGAUCGUAAAAACAAUUUACGUUAUACAGGACAAGAUUGUUCAACAACAUCAGGAUGGACAUUUCCAUCAGCGUUACUGUUUGUAAUAACAAUCAUAACAGGAAUUGGUUUUGGACAUAUAACACCAGUAUCAUGGGAAGGACAAAUCACAUGUAUUUGCUAUGCAUUGACUGGCAUUCCAAUAUUUCUUAUUUGUUUAGCAAAGAUAAGUUCUAUACUGAGUGAUAUCUUUCGUUUGAUGUAUUCAACAUUUAUUCAUUGUGUUUGCUGUUGUUGCCGUAUUCAUACGCGUUCUCAAAAUCGUUCAAUACAUUCAGAAAAAUCGUUUAACCCGUAUAAAAUCGAUUAUGUAGGUACGACCUCCGUUGAUCCAAGUUGGCCAGAAGUGUAUGAUCAGUUUAAUAAAGAUCAAUUAAGUAAUUAUAAAGAUGGUAGUGAUGAAGAAAUAGAUGAUGUUUGGAAUCGAAUUGAAAGUCAAGUACCUAUUUUAGUAAUAAUUUUAAUUAUUAUUGGAUAUAUUUGUUUGGGAGCAUUUAUGUGUCAUCAGUUUGAAAGUUGGACAAUAACUGAAUCGGUUUAUUUUUGUUAUAUUACUUUAUCUACUAUUGGAUUCGGUGAUUAUGUACCGGGUAUAACGUCAGGUUCAACAGACAGUUUACGUUUCCUGGCCACUUCUCUUUAUAUAAUUGUUGGUUUAGCUGUGUUAGCAAUGUGUUUUGAUUUAAUAAAAGAAAAUAUUUUUGAAAAAUUCGAAUGGAUUGCAAUUAAACUUGGUGCUGUCUUUGAAGAUGAUAAGCAAAUUAAUAAAGAUGAUACACAUUAUGCAAAUUUUAAAUAUUCACAGCAAGAAAAAAUGAAUAAGAAUCAUUUAAAUGAACAGUGUGAAUUUUAUGAUGCACUGCCUGACUAUGAUUAUUUCUCAAGUAAUGGGCAAUGGUUUUCUGAUAUUAAAGAUAAAAUUGAACCAAUGAAUGAAUUUUUAAAAUAA